AUGGCUUCAGAAACAACCAAAAAUAAGCAACUCUCCGCCUAUGGCGAGGCCCGCUCGACGGUGUCAGCCACGCCCCUCUCGGCGGAAGAACUGCGCAAAACAGACGCCUACUUCCGCGCAAGCCUCUACCUCUGCCUGGGCAUGCUCUACCUGCGCGAGAACCCACUGCUCAAGGAACCGCUCAAGGUCGAACAUCUCAAGGCGCGUCUUCUCGGCCACUGGGGCUCCGAUGCCGGCCAGUCAUUCACCUGGAUCCACAUGAACAGACUCAUCAAAAAGUACAAUUUGAAUGUCCUGUUCGUCUCGGGUCCGGGCCAUGGCGCACCGGGGAUCAUCUCGCAGUCGUAUCUUGAGGGUGUGUACUCCGAGGUGUAUCCCGAUAAAUCCGAGGAUGAGACGGGGAUGCAAAAAUUCUUCAAGCAGUUUUCCUUCCCUGGUGGGAUUGGGAGCCAUGCGACCCCCGAGACGCCGGGGAGUCUGCACGAGGGCGGAGAGCUGGGUUAUGCCAUCUCCCAUGCCUUCGGCACAGUCUUUGACCAUCCAACUCUCAUCACACUGACCAUGGUCGGAGACGGCGAGGCCGAGACGGGCCCGCUCGCGACAAGCUGGCACAGCAAUAAAUUCCUGAACCCCGUUACGGACGGGGCCGUGCUUCCAGUCCUCCAUCUAAACGGGUACAAGAUCAACAACCCGACUCUCCUCGCGAGAAUCGCGCACGAGGAGCUGGAAAUGCUCCUCCGCGGGUAUGGUUGGACCCCGUAUUUCGUCGAGGGCAGCGACCUCCCCAGCAUGCACCAGGCCAUGGCUGCGACGCUUGAACACUGCGUGCUGGAGAUCCAGAAGAUCCAAAAGACGGCGCGGGACACGGGAACGCCUUCUCGAGCGCGCUGGCCCAUGAUCGUCCUCCGCUCGCCAAAGGGCUGGACGGCGCCCCGUGAGAUCGACGGCAAACACCUCGAGGGGUUCUGGCGCGCGCAUCAAAUCCCCAUCACGGACGUGCGCACGAACCCAGAGCAUCUGAAGGUCCUCGAGUCGUGGAUGAAGAGCUACCAGCCAGACAAGCUUUUCGGCUCCGACGGCAAACUGAUCCAAGAACUGAAAGAUCUCGCACCAACGGGAAACUCCCGCAUGUCCGCGAACCUCGUGUCAAACGGUGGACUCCUCCGCCGACCCCUCGACAUCCCGGACUUCCGCAAAUAUGCACUAAAGGACCUCGAGCCUGGCGUCUCGAUCCGCGGCGCAAUGGCCAACAUGGCCGUCUUCCUCCGCGACAUCGUCGCCCGCAACGACACAAAAUUCCGCCUCUUCGGCCCCGACGAAACCGAGUCCAACAAACUUGCCAAAGUCUACGAAGCAGGCCAGAAAGUCUGGCUAGCAGAGUCCUUCCCCGAAGACGCCGAUGGCGGGAACCUUGCGCCCGCGGGCCGCGUCAUGGAGAUGCUGUCGGAGCAUACGGUUGAGGGCUGGCUGGAGGGGUACCUCCUCUCCGGCCGGCACGGCCUCCUGAAUAGCUACGAGCCCUUCAUCCACAUUAUCGAUUCCAUGGUAAACCAGCACUGCAAGUGGAUCGAGAAAUGCGCCGAGGUCGAAUGGCGCGCGAAAGUCGCGUCCCUAAACAUCCUGCUCACAGCGACCGUCUGGAGACAAGACCAUAACGGCUUCACGCACCAGGACCCGGGCUUCCUCGACGUCGUGGCGAACAAAUCCCCCGCCGUCGUGCGCAUCUACCUCCCCCCCGACGGGAACACUCUCCUCUCCGUGAUGGACCACUGCCUGCGCAGCGUCAACUACGUCAACGUCGUCGUCGCCGAUAAGCAGGAACACAUCCAGUUCCUGAACAUGGACGACGCAAUCGCGCACUGUGCCAAGGGGGCUGGGAUCUGGGACUGGGCGUGUAAUGACCAGGGCGUUGAGCCCGAUGUCGUCAUGGCGGCCUGCGGCGAUGUUCCGACGCACGAGGCGCUGGCGGCGACGGCGCUUUUGCGGGAAUAUCUGCCCGAGAUGAAGGUUCGGUUUGUCAAUGUGGUGGAUCUGUUCAAGCUCAUUUCCCCGAGCCAUCACCCGCAUGGUCUGUCGAAUGCGCAGUGGAAGGGCCUCUUCACGAGCGAUAAACCCAUCAUCUUCAGUUUCCACUCUUACCCCUGGCUCGUGCAUCGUCUGACAUAUAAACGUCCCAACCAGGAGGACAUGCAUGUACACGGGUACAAGGAAAAGGGCAACAUCGAUACACCCUUUGAGCUCGCUGUGCGGAACCAGACGGAUCGGUUUAGUCUUGCGAUGGAUGCGAUUGAUCGUGUCGAGAGGUUGGGAAAUAGUGCUGCGUGGGUGCGGGAGAAGUUUAGGGAUAUGCAGUUGCAUGCGGUUAAUCAGGCGUAUGAUGAAGGGUUGGAUCCGGAGUAUAUUCGGAAUUGGACGUGGCAGUAUCCCAGGAAGGCGUAG